GCCGGCCUUUCGUAGGACAGCCUUGAUAAACGCCAAACAUCCGCAAAACCCUCCUCCCUUUGUUCAAACAUCUCUUCCGAAUUCCUUUCCUGCUUUUUCGACAUUGCUUAUAUAAAUAGAAACGAGUGCCAAAAGCAAUGGGUCUAAAAGCUGAAAAAAUGGGAAAAGUCACAUUCGUGCUGUUAGGAUUACUGUUGUUAGCUACAUGCUUUCAGGUUGACAGUUUGAUGUGGAAUUCGAAACCUAGUGGAAUCACCAAUUACAGACCAGGAUAUAAUAUUGGUUGGAGAGAACAUUAUGGAGUUGGGGACACUAGAGGUCGAUCAUAUCCAUGGAGUAGCAACAAUGGCUUUUAUGGCACUUCCUGGAAUUUCCCUACAGGAAAUAUGAAAGGCUCAAACUACCGCAGAUGUGUUGACAGUAGACAAUGCUAUCAAGGAGAAUGCUGUCAAGCUACAGGAUUUUCUAAUUUAGGGGCUUGCGUGUACGGAGGUUAUGCUGCUGCAUACGGUUGCAAUGAUCGCCCACAAAAUCUGGGGUGGCCUGGAAAUAAUAAAGGUAGUCAAAUAACAGCUACACAGUUUGGCCGACCAGGGGCGUGCCCUCCUCCGCAAUUCCUUCAAGGCCCAAUGCAGUAUUGCCGAAAUGAUGAAAACUGCCCUACCAACCAAAAAUGCUGCUACUUCCAGGGAAAAACUGUUUGUCUUCAUCCAAUAUUUCAUUGACGAAUGAAAACGUGGUCACUGAGCUAUGCAUCAAAUUUUGUUGAACCGAAAUAAAAUCAUUAAUGAAUAAAAA